CUCUCUCUCUCUCAUGGCCUCUUCAUCUCCGCCGUCGUCGGGCCGAGGAAGGCGACUCUCCGAGCUACUAGAGGAGCAGCAAGAGCCCUUCUUCUUAGACAUCUAUCUCAUAGAGAAUGGCUACUCAACCAAGCUCCUUGAGGCUCAAUCAACAACUAUAUGUUGGCCUAGCAUUAGUAGCACAACCAACAAGCUUCAGAGGCUAACAAGCAAUGGCUUCAAGAAGAGAAGAGGCAGCAGUUGGCUUGUGAGGACCAUCCUCUCCAAGAUCCUCCAUGCAAAGGCUGUUAAACGGGCACUGAAUUGGGACUAUAAACCUCCUGAGAUCGGAAGAAAAAGUGUUUCUGACUGUCUGUUCAAGAGUAAAAGGCAGAUCGCCCACGCUCGGCUCUCGUGUUCUGAUCGCGUCGACGCAGACGAAUUCGACGGCAAGGAGGUUAGAUGGGAGAGCAUUGAGAUGGAGGACUCAAACUCAAAGCAGCUCAGCCCUGUGUCUGUUUUUGAGUUGCAUUCUUAUGAGAGCUCCCCUCUCCAUGAUGGCCACUUGGUACGUACUUCAGGUAAAGAGGAAACGAUGCCAAACAAGGCUCUGGACAUCUUUAAAGAGCUUCUUGAGGCAGCAUACACUCCUGCAUUGAACCAGUUUGCUGAAUCCAAGGAGCUAGAAAACUCAAAAGUGGUUGUGGAGGAUGUACAUGUAACAGUUGAGGGUUCUGAUCAUGAGUGUUUGGGCCCUGGGGGGAUUGAAGAGUACUUCAAAAAGGAAGAGCUUGAGCUGGCCAUGAUAAGACACCUGAUACAGUGUGAGGUGUCACAGUGGGACAUGGAGUGGAGGGAUUUUCUAAAGGCCCAGGAGAGGGAGAGCAUUGGGAUUGAGAUUGAAGGUGCCAUAUUUGAGGAGAUGAGGGGGGAAGCAGUGUUUGACAUUCUUGGCUUAUUACAAUGUAAACUAGAAAGAUGUUAACUUUUGGUUAAUUGUAGCUAGCUAAUAUAAAGUUUCAU